UAUCAUUUUGCAUUUUCUAUUUACUUUUAUGAAAACUGUCUUCUAGCUGUUUUUUAAGCACUUUGCUCUCAAAUUAUGUGAUUUUUUGCGUUGAAAAGGUACAGUUUAAUAAGAAAAACAAGAAAUUAUCAAAAUGGCUGGAAUAAAAGGUAAUCACCGAAAAGUAUUCUACAGAAUGGAAAAAUCAAUGGAGAUAAUUUUAAGAAUGAUUCACCUUGAGCAAUACCAUUUCUUGUGCUAUGGAUAAAGAAAGAAGUGUUUCUAUUACAUGUAUAUUCAAAUAAUAUGGUACACAUUUGUCCAUUACCAAUACUAAACAAAUUUCUUUCUUUCAUGUGACUUCACCAUACUGCGCUAUAUUAUAAUGGACUUCAAAACAAAGCUUUGAUAUCAUUGGCCUUUGCGGGUUCAAUUGGAAUGACACUGGUCAUCCUGGCAUGCGCAUUACCACAAUAUGGCAUAUGGUGGCCGUUCUUCGUGGUUCUAUUCUACCUGAUGUCCCCAAUACCCACUCUGGUAGCAAGGAGAUGUAGUGACCCCUCAAGUGCAACGAACUCAUGCAUGGAAGCAGCGAUCUUCAUCACAAUGGGCAUCAUAGUGAGUUCCUUCGCACUGCCUAUCGUCCUCGCGAGGGUGAACUCGAUUUUGUGGGGAGCCUGCUUACUAACAUUGGCAGGGAACGUUGUAGUGUAUGCCACACUAAUUGGGUUCUUUUUGACGUUUGAUCAGGAGGAUUCAGAUUACAAUAUGUGGUAGAUGGUGGGACUGCUUUUCUGCAUAGAGUUCAUUGGGCAGAUUUAGUUUCAUUAAUUAGUUUUUUGAGCCAGUCAGAAAAAUGCACGUAUUUUAUGUUAUAUAAUAAAAAAUUAUAUUAUACGAGAUGUGACCAUGUAGGAAGUAUUUAGUGGGGAUAUUCUUGUAAUUACUAAUUGUAGUUUACUUCAGAGUAUUUAUUCUAAAUGACAUGAUUCAAGCUCUAAAUGUCACUUUGGGGCUUCUUUGGUUGGCGUUAUAGAAAUGGAGCACCUAGGGAGUGUAACGUGAACGUGAAUUCAAGUGGAGUGCACUUAACAUUCAGUUAUUGUCAUUCAUAUAAUUUGCAUAUAUAGAGAUGCUAAAACGUGUGAACAAGGGUUAUACAAAUCAGAUUUAUUUCUUCUUUGAUAUCUGAGGGAUAGAAAGGUUAUACCUUCGUUUCAUUUAUCAUUAUUUUCUAAUAUUCUUUUGGGGUUUAAUUUUUCCUAUACUAGAGGCCUAUCCUGUCUAUGUAACAAGAUACGUGUAUAUCUUAUAUAACAAAAAGAUUAUCACUAGAAGGAUGAUUCAUAAAAAAUAAGGUAAUAUUUGAAACACCUUUUUUCUUAAUUUGGUGUCUCAAAUCGUGUAGCCGGUCUACUGUGCUAAUGACCUAUUACAUAAUUAUACAUAUAGUGAAACAAAGCCCGUAAAUCUGCGUUACAAAAAACUCAUUUCCAACUUAAUUCACCCCAAAACUAGUAGCGGACCAAUAUACGAAUCCGUAAUGCAAAGACUGUCAUGUCAGGUUUUUGAAGUAUAGCUGUCCACUGAACUCUUAACAUCACCGAAUUGACUUAAUAAAUAUAUGUAUACAUCUUAGGUCUGCUGGUAUUAUUUAAAUUUAUAGUGUAAGACUAAUGUAUUUUAUAAGAAAAUAUAAGACUUUUAAGUGCACUGUUAUUUUUUGUCUACGGUAAUACACACUAAUUAAAAAAUAAGGUAUCUAAUUAAGAUUGUAAAUUUUUAGUGGUAUUUGAUGUUGUAUCUCAGUAAAGAAUAG